AUCUUUUGAAUACGAAUAGAGUAUUUUGAAAGAGAGUGUUAUCAAACGCACACAUAUUUAAACAAUUAUUUAUAGGAAAUAAUAAAGUAGUGAUGUUUGAUGAUUCCAGGAAAGUAUACUUCCUUGGAGAAUCAAAAAGAUUGAUACAUGCAAAUCCCAAUGUCAAUAAAUGAACCAAAACUCAGACCAUGUUCAUCUGUUCCUUUUUUCCUUCAUAUCCAAUUCAACUUUUCUCCCAAGAUCUCUCUCCUUCCUUCACUCUAUACAUACUCUUCAAUCCUUUUACAAUCUUCUUCACAACUCUCUCUUCUUUGACCCACAAAAGGGUUUUUUCUUCAUCAGCAUCAUCACAUUCUCUACAUACCGAAAGUUUCAACCUCUUCCUAUUCGCUCUUUAUUUUAUAUAGAUAGUAAAAAAAAUCUUGAUUGUAGUAAUGGCUGAGUUAAAGAGUAAGUUAAAUAAAGGUCACGCGUUUACAAGCAAAUGUGCUUCCUUGGUGAAGGAGCAACGUGCUCGUCUCUAUAUUCUUCGUCGUUGCGCUACAAUGCUCUGCUGCUGGUACAUCCAAGGCGAUGAGUAAUAAUGAGAUGAAUCUUUUCCUUAAUUAUCAUCCUAAAUGCUAUAUAUAUAUCUACAUGUCGCUAAUCGCUAGUUCUUGAAGCUCCAUAAACACUGAAGCUCUCCUUUGGCUGUUUGGCAUCUCCUACAAAGAAACUUUAUUUCUCUCUUUCUCAUCUGUUCUGAUGCUAAAUCCUUUUACACUCGACACGUUUUUUAACCUGAAAGAUCAAACUUUUAGGUUUUAUUUUUUGGUUUGUUUCAUGGGUGAGAGAGAGAGAGAGAUAGCAAGAGAUUUUAACCGCCAGUCAAGCAUACUAGAGAUGCUGAUAUUAUGUAAGAAACUGAAUAUCUUUGAAGUCCUUUGGUUGGUUUCACUUUGACAGGAGAAGACUGUUUUGGUUUCAUCAGUGGCAUAUCUUCUGUAACAUUUCCAGUUUCAUUUCUUGUUUCAUUGCAUCAUUUCCUGGGAAGAAAAAUAAGUCUAUGGUAUUGUUGAACCAUGUAGACAAAAGUAUUCUUCUGUACUAUCUCAAAUCUUUUAAUAAUACAACAAGAGCUUUCACUCUUCGCCAUCUAGAGAUCCCAAAUCCUACUGACCAUAGUUUUCGUAGUCCAAAGUUUCAUGUCUAUGAUCGCUAUACUGCUAGAUCCAGUAUUUGAAAAGAAACAUCAUGUAAAUGGGAACGUUGAACGCUGCAAUGACUAUGACAUCAUGAUUGUACGUAUAACAAAUCGUUUUUUUAAAUCCAAAUACCUUUUCGUACAGAGCAAAAUCACCUGUUGAAGAUGUAAAGUUAUGUCACUUGCUUGAUCGUUCAAGACUUCAAGUUAAUAUCCACAUGCCCAAAAUAAGACCAACAAGAAGUUUCCCACACAUUGACUAGCCAGAUAAAAUGUAAAUGGCAAGUUUAUAUUUCGUUGGUCAAGUAUGAGACCUCAAUAAAACGAAACACACAUGAUCAGAGAUGCUGAAAAUCAAGUUAUAAUAGAGCUUCGAAGAUGAGGACAAGUUUUUCAUGAUUAUUUUAUUAAACCCUUCAAAAUAUUCUAAUGCCACUUGUAUAUUUUUAUUGGUUUAUAUAUUUAUUUUUUUGUCAUCUGAUAGAUUAUAUUAAAACUGGUAAAAUUCAGUCGAAUACACAUAAGCCGGCAAGAAACACUUUUUUUCCGGAGCCACAAGAGGCAAAGAUCGAAAUCUUUCCGGAGUCAUAAAAGAAAACUACUAGAUAUCUAGGAAAAAGGAUGACCAGGAGUUCAAACAUAAGCCAAAAGUCGAGACAAAGGUGAGGGAGUAGACGUGAUGAUUGCACUCCAAGAUGAAGAGCGCAUCGAUCUCCAGAAGAAGGAUAGAAACAGGUCGAAGAAACUUCAGAGAAAUGGGUAGAGGACCUGAAAUGGACUCCUAUCCAAAGAACCAAAACACAAAGGCGGAGGAUUCUUAAAGUUUGUGCAGCAACGAGCCGGUACUUACAUCAGUCCAUCCAUAUCGUAACACAAGUGAGCACAAGUGGAUCUUCAAAAGAGACCCGAUGAAAGCCCUUAACACACACCACAAUAGAAGCCACUCCACAUGACCUUACACACGAACAAGGCUUACAAUAGCUCCUAUAAGACAUCCAAAAACCGAUGAUGAAGUGCUGCGACCGGAAGGAAGAGCCAAGAAACUGCUGAUGCCUUGCUUGAGAGUCUGCCAGACCAAGCCCACACAAUGAAGAACCCACAUCUGAACCAGCAAAGUAUUACCACUGCGAACCAGAAACCAGAUAAGGUCUAACACUGGCAGACCAACCCAAGCAGAAGAACAUCAACAGAAAAAGAGCAACUACACAGAAACAACUCAAUCGAGCAUAAAACCAAAGUUAAACUCAUCACAUAGAUCGGUUAAACGUGGCUCACAGUACUGAACACACCAGCAGCAAACACACACACCAUUACUAAAAGAGACCGGAACGGUACAAACUGAUAGAAGUCGAAGACGGAGACCCACAACCCAACGGCACGGCAAGGCACACCUUCGAACCAGACUCAAACCCAUCAGAUCUAUAAUUAGCUUCACCAUCGCCACAGACAGAGAAACACUACAAGAAAAUAUGAAUAUUGCUACCGCAGUAUUUGUCACAAUAUAUUUUUUUUCGUCAUAAAUUUUCUAUUGUGACCAAUGUGUGACAAACUAUAAAAAGUCACAAUAAAAUGGUCACAAGUUAGUUAACAAUUAGUCACAAUAUUGUGACAAACUAUUUUGACACAAAAAUUAGUCACAAUAUCCAUCUUUUUUUGUAGUGAAAUCCCGCCAUGACAACGAAGCCAACCUCACCAAGAACGAGCCAAACCCAACCACAAUUCUACCACACCCAAACGCCAACGCCGUCGGAGAGAAGCUUCAUCACCAACCACCACAGACCAAGCUUAAUAAGCUACAUAAGAACUAUUACUAGUAAAGAGAGCUCAUGGAGGCCUUCUCAUAGCUCAGCGGAGACCGCCGGCCGGAAAAUGCCUCAGAUCUAGAAGAUGAAGCAGAUGUUGCUUUUCACGCGAGAGAGAGAUAAGGUAGGGUUUUUUAAUUAAGAGAAUGUUUUAAUCAAUAAAUAAAUUCUUAUUGGUUUAUAUUUUUAUGCUUUACUUUAUGUAAUAAUUAUAUUAUUUUUAAUAAUAUCAUAUUAAUUAAAUAUUCAAUGAAACAAUAUUGCGGAUAAUGAUGCUCAACACCGUGCAAAUCAACCACACGUACUAGGCCUGGGAUUUUUAUCCAUAACCGAAUACCCGAACCGGAACCGACCCGAAAUGGACCGGUUCGGUUCGGUUUCGGUUCUAGGCAAUUUAUCCGAUGGGUAUUAGUGUUAAUUAUCCAUGGGUAUCGGUUCGGUUCCGGUUUUUACCCGAAACCGAAUGGGUACCCGUUUAACCCGAAUUCUAUGCUUAAAAAACAUAGAUUUGUAUCUUUCGAGGGUUGAACCCGGGUUGGAUAGGCAAAGCAACAACUGCAAUACCACUAGACUAGUUCAACUUCGUUGUAUUUAAUACAUAUUACUAAUAUAUAUACGAUUUCUAUUAACUUUUUUUAAAAAAAUAAAAUAAAUAAAUAAAAAACUGGUAUAUAAUUAUUUUAUUUUGUAAAUAUUUAUAUAAUUCACAUAAGAAACGGGUACCCGGAACCGACCCGAAACCGGUAGUACCCGAUCCGAAACCCGAACCGAAAUUUA